CGGUAAGUCGGGUUGAUAGGAUGCGUCUCCUGUCACUGACUGCGGGAUACUUUCGGAACCGACCGCUGACGGUUCGGCCGUUGAGCCGGGACCUUUGCUGUUCAUCUACCUUUCACUGCUCCGUGGCUCUCACGUCGAAGAAAUCACUCAUCCAAAGGAGAUGCGGAGGUUUAUAUCAACACAGUUUCCCAGUCACUCGGUUACUUAGCUCAAGGAAACCACCAAAAGAUGGCAAUAUAAAAGAAGAGUCUCAUGGAAGGGAAGGGCAGGACCCAAGUGGUGAGAGGGGCCAAAGUCAUAGACGAUGGAAAAGAAGGGAAUCACACUGGUGGUCACGCUUUCAGGAUGAUUUUCCCUUUGAUGAUAAAACAGUUCAGAACCUGGCAGCCGGUGCAGCAGGCAUGGCGUCAGCUUUCUUGUACUUUCACUUUAGAGAAACAGGGGUCCAGAUCUCCUGGAAGGAUUUUGUGCAUCUCUACUUGAGCAGAGGCUUGGUGGGCCACGUAGAAGUUGUCAACAAACAGUACGUCAAAGUAUUUCCUGCCCCUGGUGUGAACACGUCAGAAGUGAACUAUUUGUGGUUCAAUAUUGGCAGUGCAGACUCAUUUGAGCAUAACCUUGAGCUGGCACAGCAGGAAAUAGGUCUGGACUCCACCCAGAAAGUACCUGUACUCUACAGCAGUGAAAGUGAUGGGACUUUGUUUUUUAGUGUUCUCCCAACCUUACUUGUGAUUGGGUUUUUACUUUUUGCAACACGACGGGGACCAAUGGUGGGAGGAUUUGGUGGUAGGGGGAGAGGAAGCCCCUUCGGCAUAAGUGAAUCCAAAGCCAGGAUAAUUAAAAACAACAUCAGUGUGGGUUUUAGUGAUGUUGCAGGGUGUGAGGAGGCCAAACUUGAUAUCUUGGAGUUUAUCAACUUUCUGAAGAGCCCACAUCAGUACCAUGACCUGGGUGCCAAGAUCCCCAAGGGUGCAGUGUUAUGGGGUCCACCUGGAACUGGGAAGACUUUGCUAGCUAAGGCCACUGCAGGAGAGGCCAGCGUUCCUUUCAUUACAGUCAACGGCUCGGAGUUCCAGGAAAUGUUUGUUGGUGUGGGUCCAGCAAGGAUAAGAGAUUUGUUUGCCACAGCUCGAAGAAAUGCUCCUUGCAUUCUUUUCAUUGAUGAGAUUGAUGCAAUCGGCAGAAAAAGAGGCAAAGAAAACUUUGCUGAUGAGGGUGAACGAGAGAACACCCUCAACCAGCUGCUUGUGGAAAUGGAUGGAUUCAACAGCAGCACUAACAUAGUGGUUUUGGCUGCAACAAAUCGGGCUGAUAUCCUGGAUCCAGCUUUGGUGAGGCCUGGACGCUUUGAUCGACAUGUAUACAUAGGUCCUCCAGAUUUAAAAGGCAGGGCAUCAGUCUUUAAGGUGCAUUUAAGACCUCUAAAGUUGGACUCCAGUAUAGAUGUAGAGACUUUGGCCAGUAAUCUUGCUGCUUUAACCCCAGAAUUUACUGGGGCUGACAUUGCAAAUGUGUGUAAUGAGGCAGCUCUAAUAGCUGCACGUCAUCUCAGCCAGUGCAUCAGUACUAAUCACUUUGAGUGUGCAGUUGAAAGGGUUAUUGGAGGUCUAGAGAAAAGGGCUCAGGUACUGCAGCUUCCAGAAAAGACGACUCUGGCAUAUCAUGAAGCCGGGCAUGCUGUCACUGGGUGGUUCCUUGAACAUGCAGACCCACUUUUUAAGGUGUCACUUGUUCCUAGAGGGAAAGGUUUGGGCUACACGCAGUAUCUUCCUAAGGAGCAGUACUUAUUCACACAGGACCAGUUGUUUGACAGAAUGUGCAUGAUGUUGGGUGGUCGAGUGGCUGAGCAGGUUUUCUUUUGUCAAAUCACCACUGGGGCACAAGAUGACCUCAGAAAAGUCACACAGUCUGCCUAUGCACAGGUUGUACACUUUGGAAUGAAUGGGGCAGUGGGUCAGGUUUCUUUUGACCUCUCUCAGUGGGGAAACCUCAUAAGCGACAAACCCUUCAGUGAAUCUACAGCCCAGCUUAUAGACCGGGAAGUUCGCUCGCUCAUAGAUGCUGCCUUCCAACGAACACUUGAGCUCAUAAUCGACAAGAAGGAAGCUGUGGAGAAGGUGGCAAAGCAUCUUCUAGACAAAGAGAUUCUAGACAGGGCUGACAUGGUGGAACUGCUAGGACCUCGCCCCUUUCAAGAGAAGACCUCAUAUCAAGAUUUUGUUGAAGGGUUGGGGAAACCUGAAGAAGACAUUUCUUCACCUGAAGGGUUAACAGAUUGGAAAAAGAACAGAGGAAAUAGAAACCAAAUGAAAAACAAAUCAGCCCUUUACCUGUAGAUUGUCCUCAUGAUUAUUUCUCACAUGCAGCACCAUCUGGUCUGUUAGGACAAAAGAUGUUGUGUUGUCCAGGUCUUUGUGCAAUUUUUUCAAUUGUAGUUUUUAUGUGAAAGUGCACUUUGUUGCUGUACUUGCCUUAUAUAUAUAUAUAUUUUUUUUUUUCCUCCACACUGUGGAAUUCUCUAAGUGCAAUAAUGCUGAGAAAACUUACCAUGAAUAAUUAGAAUAUCACAUUAUUAGAAGGGACUAAACCAUCAUCCUGCGUUAGCAACAGGGAUCCUUGUGUUAAGUUUUAUUCUGAGGAUUGUAUUUUCAUAUUUUUAAACAUAGAGGCUUAUAUACGUGGUAGAAAUUUCUACAAAUACAUAUGUAUAUUUGUGAAAACUAAAUGUAUUUUCCCUCAGUGGGGAGACAGUGUUUUCUAUUCUAUUGUAUUUUAUGUCAUAUAUUUAACAUUUCAGAUUAUUUGAUUGUAUGAGUGUCUGUUUUAUAUUUCAGUCUUUCUGCAGGGUUUGUCUUCUGCUGA